AUGGUUGAUAUCACCAACAGGAUCGAAAAAGCCGAGCGCCUCAAAUCUCUGAACGUUUUGAGCUGCGAAGUAAAAUAUAGGGAGAUAGAUGACCUAGCUCGAAGACUAUCGGAAGUAAUUCUGUAUAAUUAUCGAGCACUGCGCCGCAUCAUUGAGUGCAAAGAGGAAGCUCUUCGGCAACGGUGGACCAAGAAAUCAUACGCGCAGCGACGUAACAUAUUACAAGAUUGCGAUAUUGAAUUAUCUGAAACGCAUCUCGCAGACUACACACAACUUUGUCGAUUGCAGGUGGACCCUGAUAGAGAUCCGACCUCUACCAGGCAAUUGAUAUCUAAAAUCCUGAGUCAUCGAAAUGAUUUUCUACACCCACAGUUGAAUGUCGAAGAUCUCACUAAGGUGAAGUCUAUGCUCCUACUGAUUAAUUCUCGAGGUCGCAAUCCUCCUCAUCUCUUUGCGAGCGCAGAUCUCAGGGCGGCAGACUUGGGUGUGGCCGGUGGUUUUUUAUCCUUACGGUUUUUGAAGGAUCAUACCUUACUGCUCGAAGGAGAGUCGGUGGAGACUUAUGGACGGCUAGUUAGGUGGACAGACGAAACGAUGAAGGAGAAGAUCCUGGCAGGGUUCCAACAUUUGCCACAUGAGGGUUUACUGAUUCUUGAAAUACAGUAUAAUAUUUAUUUGUUCCUUGUGAAUUGGUGUCAGGCGCUUCUUCAGGACAUUGAAGUCGCCACAAUAUGGAGGCUUCCUAUUGAACCAGAGCCACCGCUACUUGUAAAGACUUCCGAUAAUACAACGAUGGCUUCAAUAGCCAUGGAGACGCCAUAUCUAUUGCCUUCCAAGCUGGAUUUCAAUCGCUUGCGAGCUGUAGUCAUUGCCAGGCGACUUAGCGCGGAAGAUUAUAUCCACGAUUUGAGAGAGAACCCCGGUAUUUUCGCUGAUGCUAUGGUGGAAGCAAGUGAACAUAGAAUAGAGAGAGUGCUAGAUGAUGAGGGUAAAGCUAGCUCAUCUUUGGGCACGCCAGAAUUCUGGGAAGAUUUAACUCGGGGUGUGGUGGCAGAUGCAUAUUCUGACAUAAUCAGCUGGGAUAUCGUCAGCCAACAACUUGAGCGUCUAGGUAUGCUUCAAGUCAAACAUGCCGCUGUUAUUCAUCCGCAAAAUUCUCUACCAGAGGAGUUUUUAAGAGAGUUAUUGGGCCUCAAGAGUGUGCUUAAACUCAUACAAACGGGACCUAUGAAUAACUUGACUCAGGGACUUCCGGCUUCCUUGCCUUUUCGCCACAAGUUCCAUCGACUAUCGGUAACUUCUGGUUCCGGACAAGCUACUCAACAAGUUGACAGAGGAAUUUCUAAGAGUGAAGAUCUUAUGAUUCAGCUUUUCGAGAUAAUAUUUACUCCAGAAAAGCAGGCAUUCCUAAGUUUACCUGCAAUUAUGGACGAGAUCAAGCACAUGAUUGAAGAGGACCUCGAAUUAAAGGCAAAAAUCACACCGUGGGUAUCCCGAGUAGUCUCUAAUCUAGGAUUAAUUUUUCGACUUAGACAAGAGAUAGAUUCUUAUCUACCAUUGGUAACAAGUUUUCCAAUGGAAAAGGAAACACACAAGGACUGGCUCAAAAAUGACUUACGAGACCGGUGUUCAGUGUUACACAGGACAGAACAUUAUAUGACAUUUACUUUCAAGUCAUUGAAAGCGCUAGCAGACCCUACUGAUGGACGGUACCACUAUCCAUGUGACCAGCGACGAACCAAAAAGAUUACGGAGGCAAUGCAAAGUGCUGAGGGAAAGUUAGACUAUUUUUGGACUAGGCUAGAUUUCGAAUAUCGCCGACUCUCCCGCUAUGCUUUGAACAAGACUGUUCGCCAUAGAUAUACCAAUAUUCGGACUGUAGAGAGGACACCUGAUUGGAUUGCGCCCACCAGACCAGCAAGAGUCUUUUCUAAAAGUUUCCAAGUUUCUACUAUACCGCAAUUCUCUACUAAUGAGCCAGUAUCCAACUUUGUUGCUCCUGAAGAGAAGAUUAAGCCAAAAACCCGCGGAGUACCUACCCCCUCUGCGAGUCUUGUUGAAGUGACUGGCGAACUACCAAAAUGA